CACGGUUUGGGUGUUGAUUCGGGGUGGGCCCGCCUUUUCCGACACCCACCUCCAGGAGUGGGGUGGAGGCAGGGAUCCCGCGUAAGGAUGAUCACGGACGUGCAGCUCGCCAUAUUUGCCAACAUGCUGGGCGUGUCGCUCUUCUUGCUUGUCGUUCUCUAUCACUACGUGGCCGUCAACAACCCCAAGAAACAGGAAUGAAAGUGGCGCUUUCUCCGCCCCAGGGCUCCAGGACAUAGUCUGAGGCCAGAUGGAGGGAGUGAGGGGCCUCCACACUUCACCUCAUCCCUUCUGCCCAUCACAACAUACAAAGCAACUUCACCCGGAUUUUUCCAAACAAGUUUUAUUUCCUCAAAGUCUUCUUAACCUUAUGGAACGAGAAG